ACCAUCCGACCGUGUAUUUCCCCUACUAUCAAGGAGGUCCCUAAAGAUUGGUGCAAGGCGCUGGCCUCUUUGUCGCGAAGUAACGGCGAGAUAUUCACUAUUGACGGAGCCAUCAGUAGUUGCGCCGCUCAGCGGCGACUCGCACUUCGUGAUGGCCUUGAGUCCACCGCUUCUUCUAGUAUUUCUCACGGACCACAUCCCGAAUGCUGCGGGUCUUGCGGAAAGGUGUUCCGCGAUUCUAGGAGACAAAAUUCGGCGGCGGUUAAAGACGGAUUUAACGUUCCCGGCGAGGACCUGUCGGGGACUCUUCCGAGCUUAAUCUCCCCUAGCGACGGCGAUACGGCUACUGGUCCACGUGUCCAUCAGAUUCCGCCGUUUUCUCCUGCCUCGCUGGACGCGCUGCGGGACUCACAUCCCACGAACCGAUCCGAACCGACGGCCACCGAAGCCGCGGGUGACGGAAACCCAGGAGCCGAAGCGGGGUCGCAACUGCCUCUGGAGCAGCUUUCGACUAGGAGGCUCCGGAGCUCGCUGGGAAAGAACAGCUUGAAUGGCCCCACCGGGCCGAAACGGCCUUGUCCGCCGAAGUUUCCAGCGGGUUUGGACGAUAGGCCUGCACGGAAACCAGAAGCGCAAGGUUGGGUUUCUGCGUCGAUUAAUUUCCAGUGGUAUCCGGACUAUUCGGAGAAGGAAGGGCAAGGGCUCGUGGUCGCGACAAUAUCGAGGAGUUCCCCCCGGGAUGAGGAGAUGAAGCAUCUCUUCAAGCUGCUUCUUCAGCUCGUUCGGUGCGCCUGUGCCCUUGACUCUGAGCCGAACGACCCCCCAAAACCCUCACCCACCUCGGAGAGCCAGCAGCAGCAGCAGCAGCAAGAGAAGGACUUCAGCCUGACGGGUUUAAUCCCCGAGCACUUGAGCUCGGACCUCUGCGGGAAGCACCACAGUCUGUUUCGUGGUUCUGGGUUAGAGGAAGUGGUGGAUUCCGGUUUAAAUGUCCUGAACCAUCUGGAGAAUCGCGGAUUGUCAUCUGGACACGUGGAUAAGCUCCACGUGGACAGUGCUGACGUGGACGAGAAACGGCUGGACAAGCCUGGCGAGAGCUCGUCAAAGGACACGGUGCAUUCAAAGAAAGCCAAUCCUGCUGGUUCUGGCGCCGCUGGUACUGGCGCUACUGGUUCUGUUCCUGGUUCUGGUGCUGGUUCUGGUCCUGGUUCUGGCGCAACGUUCGGCACAGCAGGGAAUGUAGCCGCCUCAACUCGCGAGCCUCCCAAGCCCGUCCACGAGCACGUGGUGGAGUGGUCGUUCCGAGCUGCGAGCCUGCUUCUAACGAAGUACAAGGAGCUCGGGCUGUUCAAGAAGAUUGUCCAGAAAUCAGCGGACCCGGUAAUGAUCUACAACAUGGACCACAUACUUCUCGAGUGCAACGGAUCAGCCCUUACCAUCCUCAAGUACCCCUCCAAGGCCACGCUCUCGCACGCCAUGGCCACUCCCGGCUACGCCACCCCGCUCUCGCCCCUCCGCCAACCCGACGGGCAGCUCUCCGAAAAACUCGCUCUGAGUAUCGGGAAACGGACGGUGGAGGAGGGGCAAGCGGUGGUUAACUGGGUGCAUCUGGCACGUGACGGGACGGAGGUGCCGGUGCGGAUCCACGUGCAGUGCGUGGGCGUGGCUGGGGAGAAGUUCUUCGUGGCGAACUGGCACGAUCUGACAGAGAUUAAGCGGCAGGAGGAGGUGCUGCGGAAGGCCAAGGAGGCGGCGGAGGCGGCGAGCGAGGCGAAGAGCCUGUUCUUGGCUAACAUGAGCCACGAGAUCCGCACGCCCAUGAACGGCGUGUUGGGGGUGGCGGAUCUGCUCCUGCGGACGCCACUAACAGUGGAGCAGCGGUCCUACCUCGAGAUCAUCAGGUCGUCAGGGGACAAUCUGCUGCGGAUCAUAUCUGAUGUGUUGGAUCUCUCCAAGAUCGAAUCGCAAUCUCUGGGUCUGGAGAGCGUCGCCUUUUGUCUCGAGACGUGCAUCAACGAGGCCACGGCGCUUCUGUGUGUCGCUGCUUCCGAGAAAGGGCUGCUGCUCGAGAGCCGUCUGGCUCCGGACGUGCCUCGCUACGUGAGGGGAGACCCCGGGAGACUGAGGCAAAUAAUUCUCAACCUCGUAUCGAAUUCCAUCAAGUUUACCCAGAGUGGCGGUAUUCAGAUCGUGAUUCGCCGAGCCACAGCGGAAGAAGUCACCUGCGUGCGCAAGUCCAGAGCUGCUGCCGCCACUGCAGCCGUAGGUGUAGCAGACGCAGGAACAGGAGCAGCCGGAGGGGGGGGAGGAACAGCAGCGGGAACAACAGGGGCAGGGGGGGCAGGGGGGUCAGGUGCAGUAGCGGCAGCAGGGGCAGCAGGGGCAGCAGGGGCAGCAGGGGCAGCAGGGGCAGCAGCGGGAGCAAGUGCAGGAGGAAUAGCAACAAAUCAAAGUACCCCUGCUGCUGCUGCUGCUGCUGCUGAUAAUGUUGUGGCAGGGGCAGCAGCAGGAGUGACACAAGGAGCAGAAGCAGAAGCAGGAAAGCCUGAGGUGGGAAAGCCCCCCCCUGUGGUGAGAGCUGGUAGUUGUAGGGGGGCUGAUCUGAGGGGACUGGAUGAGCCUAACGCGAAACGCAGGCGCGUGGAUGGCGCAGUGGGGGAGGGGGGGAGAGGGGAAGGCGCAGCAGGGGAGGGGGAAAGGGGGAACAGAAAGGCGGGGCUUGCAGGGGGUACUGGUGUUGGAAGGGAGUGCUCGGGUCAGGGAAAUGAGGGUGGGAGAGAGGAGGGAAGAAGAGAGGAAGGGAGUGGAGAGGAGCAGAGAGGAGGGGCGGGGAGGGGAGAGGAGAGGCGGCGGAAGGGAAGAGGGGAGGAGGCGGAGGGGGACUCAGAAGACGUAGAAAUUCGGGAGAGUGAGGGAGGGGAGGAGAAGGGAAGAGGCGUGGGUGAGAGGAGAGCAGAAGAAACGGACGGGGAAUGUGCCAGGAGUGGAGGAGAGCCAACGCCCUCUAAAGGAGAUGUUAAAGAAGGGGAGGGUGGGAUGCGGGAGGGUGGGAAAAGAGAGAGUUACGGAAGGGAUGGACUGGCGAGGUUGGAGCAAGUGGAGGAGGAGGAAGAGGAGAAGGAGGAGGAGGAGGAGGAGGAGGAGGGAGAGAAAGGGGAGGAGGGAGGGAAGGAAGGGGAGGGGGAGAAGGGGGAGGAGAGUGUGUGGAUAACGUUCUGUGUGGUGGACACCGGCAUGGGGAUCAGCAAGGAGGCGUGCUCAAGGCUGUUCCGCGCAUUCAUGCAGGGUGACGCCUCUACUUCUCGCCGGUACGGUGGCACCGGUCUGGGCCUAGCCAUAUCCAAGUCGCUGGUGAACCUCAUGGGGGGCGACAUCCACGUGAGCAGCCGCGUGGGGGCGGGGUCGACCUUCGCCUUCACCAUACAGCUCCCCGUGUCGACCGCGCAGCUCUGUGCGCUCGCGGGCAACAGCGGGCUCAUGGCCAGAGAUGAUUCCCUCGCAGGGUCCUCUGCCGACGCGUCAGGAGCAGCCACAUGGGGCGGAGGAGGAGGCAGGUCCCGCAGCGGCAACGCCGGCACCGCUGCCGCCGCCGCAGCUGCUGCUCCUGGCGGUGGGCUCUCCACCGGGCCUGGGGAGGGGGGUCUAGGGGGGGGGGCGAGUGAGGAGGAGAGGAAGAGGAGGAGGAAGGAGCUAGCUUGUUUGAUAGCAGAGGAUAAUAAGGUGAACCAGAUGGUGGUGGUGCGCAUGCUCAAGGGGCUUGGGGUGAUGUCGGACGUGGCGUCCAACGGGGAGGAGGCGCUGCGGGCGUGCGAGAAAAAGGACUAUGACGUGGUGUUCAUGGACUGCCACAUGCCUGUAAUGGACGGCUUUAUUGCCACGCAGAAGAUCCGAGAGCUUCCCAGUAUCUGGGAAAACGCCACAGAUGCUGCUCCAGGUGCUGCUACAAAUGCUGCUACAAAUGCUGCUACAAACGCGGCUACAAACGCUGCUACAGGCACUGCUACGAAUUCUGCUGAUACAGGAUUCGCUACAAAUGCCGCAAGAGGUGUCGCUCCAGCAAUCAACGCGAGAUUACCGCGUGCUUCAGGGGCAGCCAGCAGUGGUCCGGCUGCUGCUACAGAUGCUGCUACAGCCGUAGCUACAGGCAUGAAUGAAGGGAGGUCUAAUGCUGGUUGUUGCAGAGAGGGGGAUGGGGAGGGGGGUGGAAAGGAGCCGGAGGGGAGGCGGAAGGGGGGUGGCGUGAAGCGGAAGCGGCCCUACAUUGUGGCCCUCACUGCAAGUGCUCUCAUGCACGAACGGCUGAGAUGCACCGAGGUGGGCAUGGACCACUUUCUGACCAAGCCUGUGCGGUCGAGUGAGCUGGACGGUCUGCUGCAGCAGGUGGAGCGGAGGAAAGUGAUGCUGGAGCAGAGAGAGGAGGAGGAGAGGAGGGCGGAGGAGGAGAGGAGGGGAAUGGAGGGACGGGAGGAGAGGAAGGACGAGGCGGACCCUUGACUCCACUCUACCAUGCUCCUCUUUUUUUCCGGGGCACAAGUGGGAAUGUGGCAGUAGCUUUUUCAAGCCCAUGCUCGGCCAAGUGAGCUGGACGGUCGGCUCCAGCAGGUGGGCAUGGACCACGUUCUGACCAAGCCCAUGCUCGGCUGAGUGAGCUGGCCGGUGCCCUUCAGCAGGUGGGGCGGAGGAAAGUGAUCCUGGAGCAGAGAGAGGAGGAGGAGAGGAGGGAAGUGGAGGGAAGGGAGGAGAGGAAGGGCGAGGGGGGUGUUUGAGACAAGUUUGACGCCCUCUGGUUGUUUUCAGUCAAUGCACAAGGGGAAGUGCGCCACUAUUUCUUCAAGCUGAUUUGGCUUCAAUCAGUGAGCUGGACGGUCUGCUCCAGCAGGUGGAUCAGAGGACAGUGAUGCUGGAGCAGAGAGAGGAGGAGGGGAGGGUGGAGGAGAGGAGGGUGGAGGAGGAGAGGAGGGCAGAGGGGGUUGUUUGAGUUGACUCACAUUCUUUUCUUCGCUUAGGAGGCCCCGCUGCGACAGUUGUGGCAAUGAUAUGCCUGGAACAGAGAGAGGAUGAAGGGCCGGAAGGAGAGGAGGGAGGAGGAAGGAAGGCAACAGGGAGGGAGAAACGGUGUUAAACAAAAUCAACAGCAAUGGGCACUGCACAGUGGCAGCAGGAGCAGAAGAAACGGCUCAGGGGCAGCAGCAAUUGCUCAGCGACUCAACGUGGUGUUCUAUAUGCAACACUGCAAUUCCUAUUUUCUACUCAGAAAUUCUAGUGACUAGCUCCUGGUCUAGGAUUUUUUUUUAUUUUUAUUUUUCCUUUUUUUUCCCGAAUGCUCCAACAAGCCCCCUCCAAUGUGCAAUCAAAUGGUGUACAUUGACAACUAACACUUGUAUGCGUGGUUUGUUGAUAAGGCUCUUCAUCAAUGAUGCU